CAUGUUUGUCUCAGCAUGAUUGCUGAGGGUGUCUUGACUGCAGAGACGCUUAGAGACAUGGCGCUUGAGUGGAUGGGAAAGAUGCCAGGAUGGGAGAGCAUUGUUCUCCUGGGCCUUCUCCUCUUCCUCCUCCUAAUCUUCGUCGCUCCAGGAAGACGACCUCCAAAUUUUCCUCCCGGUUUGCCAAUGUGGCCAGUAAUUGGCUCCAUGCUACACAUACAAGGUUUACCGUUGAGAACUGUAUUACGCAACCUGAGGAAGGAGUAUGGCAACAUGGCAAGCUUUGGCGUCUUUGGCACCGGGGUUUUGCUGGUCAGCGAUUUUUCCUUAAUUAAGGAGAUAUUCUCACACAAAGCGUCUAGAGACAGACCUCCGAUGAGCUUUACUACGACAAGGAACUAUCUGUUGUCUGACGGACAAGAAAGCAAUUUAGGUAUUAUUGGUGGGAACGGCGAUAAGUGGCAAGAACUGCGGAGGUUCGUACUGCGCCACCUUCGGGACUUCGGGUUCGGUAAGACCACCUGUGAACCUAUGAUCACGAAGGAGGUGACUGAGCUGAUGGACCACAUCCAGCAGCAGAAGGGUCAGCCCAUUCCCAUGAUGCGUCUGUUCAAUCUGUCUGUGGUGAACACCUUAUGGGGGAUGGUGAUGGGCAAGAGGUUUGCCUUCGACGAUGCCAAGGUGAACAAGCUCCUUGAAACCUUUCUGGAGCCGGCUCGAGCGAGCAAUUUUCAUCCCAUCUUCUUCAUUCCCGGGAUGUCAAAGGCGGUCAUCUACCUGCCCAUCUUAAGGCAUACCACGAAGUCACUCGAAAGAAUCGUCAGAUUCGUCAAGGAAGAAGUAGAUAAUUUCAUAUCCAAUGAAGACUGUGACGUCACACAUUCAUUCGCGUCUAUUUUUCUUAAAGAAAUGCAAAGGCAUGUCGGAGAAAAGUCUAUAUUCAACAUGCACGAGUUUACAGCGGUGAUAUUUGAUAUGUUUGCGGCCGGGAUGGACACCACGUCAAGCACCCUGACCAUGGGAGUGUACCUAAUAGCCAAGCACCCAGCCAUCCAGCAGAAAGUUCAGCAGGAGCUGGACGAGGUCCUCGGCAGGGACAGACUACCAAGCUACUCUGACGCAGACGCGCUGCCCUAUACACUCGCCACUAUACACGAGGUACAAAGGUACUUCUGCUUUACAGCUGUCGCCACUCACAGUGCUUCGGAAGACUGCAAGUUUGCAGGCUACGACAUUCCCAAAGGGACGGUGUUACUAGAGAACAUAGAGGCUGCCAUGACAGACCCUAAGUUAUGGAAGAACCCGCAGGAGUUUGACCCAGAAAACUUCCUCAACGCUGACGGAAAAUAUGUAAAGAAUCCGGCCUUCAUUCCUUAUGGAAUAGGAACACGGGUAUGCGCCGGGGAGCCUCAGGCCCGAAUGCAAGUUUUCCUCUUCCUCUCUUGCCUCUUCCAGCGCUUCACCUUCUCCAUCGUAGGUGAAGAGAUCCUUUUCAACAGCCCUACCAACUUCAACGCCCCCGCCAUCUACAGUACUGUAGCGCACCCGAGACCACCUCUGUAGGCCUCGUCUCCUGUGUAGCAACUAAAGUAGUGCAAGAGAUCUCUGCUGCCUGCAGUCCUGCAUCAGUAAACACUUCUGAAGAGUCCCUCAGCAGUUUCUACAAAGUCAUCUUAUAAAUAUUCACCUCCAAUAUUUCAAGGAAUUAACAGCAUCUAUACAUCUACUACAGGAAAUAACCAGGGUACGGGUGGGGUUAGAACUCAUGGCAAUGGAGUCGUAAAACUGAAGGCCAGUGCGUGAAUCACUAGGCCAGUGAUUUACUUGGCAUGAGUUCUAAUCCCACCCGUACCCUGUUUUAUUUUUUAUUUUUUUUUUACGAUUUGUUUGUUAUUACGAUUUCGUAAAACAUUACUACAGGAACUUAAAAUUUGAAGUCAACUUAACACU